AUGGUCCUCCUGUCGGGCCUGGCCAGGAUGUGGUCGAUGGUUAUUGUGCCCACUGCCCCUGGGACUGGCGGGGCUGGCUCAGCCCCACGCUGGGACCACCACCUCGCCUCCUGCGAGCACGCCCCCACCGCAGAGGCGUGCGGGUCGCCCAGCUCCCGCCGGGUGUCUUCCGAGAGCGACCACAGGAGCUCCUUCUUCGUGGCGAGCGCUGCCAUCGUGCCCAGGUCGAGGCUCUCGGGGAUCCGAAGGACCAGCGCCACGGUCGACCUGGACUUCUGUGAGCGCCGCCGGUGGGUCGCGGUGGUCCAGCUGGCCGCCCUUGCCGUCGUGGAACAGAAGGCGUUCGACCUCGUCAUGGGCGCCCUCAUCGUCCUAAACGCCGUGCUCAUGGGCGUCCAGGCCGACUAUGCCGCUCGGGCGACGCGCGAGGGCGGCGGAGGUGGUGAGCCAGUGUGGCUGAAGGUCGCGGCCCAGAGCUUCGCCGCGAUCUUCGUCGCGGAGCUGGCCCUGCGCCUGCUGGGGUACGGGGCCUCGUUCUUCGUCAUGCCGGGCUGCUCCUGGAACUACUUCGACUUGGUCGUGGUGACCCUCCAGGUCUUCGAGGAGAUCACGGCUCUCAUGGCCAGCAGCCAGUCCACUGGCUUCAGCUUCUUGCGCAUCCUCCGGGUGCUCCGUCUUCUCCGCGUCCUGCGGCUGGCAAGGGUCCUGAGUAUGAUCCAGAAGCUGCGCACUCUUGUCAGUUCGAUCGGAAAGACCAUGCCCGCCCUGAUCUGGACGGUGGUCCUCCUCAUUCUGAUGACCUACACCGCGAGCAUCUGCUUCACCCAGGUCGUGGCAGACCUCGCGGAGGGUGACCCAGACUCCGUGGCCGUGGGCACGGACACGCACAAAUACUACGGGUCGCUGCUGGGCUCCAUGAUGUCCCUGUACCAGGCCAUCACGGGCGGCCUCAACUGGCGACAUCUGUCGGAGCCGCUCCUUGCCCAGAACUCGCCGCUGAUGGCGCUGCUGCUGUGCCUCUACGUGUCGUUUGCGGUCCUGGCCAGCCGGGAGAACAGGAAGGACCUCGUCAACACGCUGGUGGAGCUCGUGAACAACAUCCAGGGGGGUGGGGGUCACCCGAUCAGCCUCGAGGAAUUCCGGGAGAAAAUCACGUCGCCCCAUGUGCAGUCGUACUUCGAGGAGCUGGACCUCACCACGCACGAGGCGGAAGCAUUGUUCGACCUCCUGGACUUUGACAAGACCGGUGCCAUCGACGCGGAUCAGUUCAUCAUGGGCUGCAUCCGUAUCCACGGAGGCGCGAAGGCCAUCGAUCUAGUAACCCUCAUGUCCGAGGUGCAUCUGCUGCAUCGCCGCUGGGACGCUCAUGCCGCCUUCGUCGAGCAGGAGCUGCAAGCGCUGAGUGGCUCCUGCUCCGUGCGCAUGUUCGACAGGGCCAUGGCCUCUUC